AUGCCUCAAAAUAUUCCUACUGAACAUGUACGUCUUCUUCGACAAUUUGUUACAUUAUGCGAGGCUCAACCUGAGAUGCUUCAAGCACCUGAACUUGAAUUUUUUCGAGAAUGGCUUGCAAAAUUAGGAGCACAUGUUCACACUGAUAAAUGUCAUUCUACUUCAGAAUCAAAGGCAGAAGCAAAAGAAAGCCAUCAUCAUGCUGAUAACGAAGCCACUUCAUCAUCGAAAAGUCACGAAGAAACACCAAAAGUUGAAAGUGAUCCAGAAAGUGACUUGGAAUUGGAUACAACUGGUGUCGUUGAAGGAGAUAAUGAUUCACCACAAGCAAUGGGUGAUCCCAAUGCUGAAGUUACCGAUGCUAUGUCAGAACAAGCCGAUGCUAAACGAAGUGAAGCUCAAGCAAAACUUUCCGAAGGUGCACUUGAAGAAGCUAUUUCUUUAUUUACACAAGCUAUUGAAAAUAAUCCACAAUCGGCUAUUCUUUAUGCUAAACGUGCACAAUGUUAUAUCAAACUUCAAAAACCAAAUGCAGCAAUCCGUGAUUGUAAUCGUGCUAUAGAAAUCAAUGAAAACUCUCAACAAGCACUUAAAUGGAGAGGAAAAGCUAACCGCAUGUUAGGUCGUUGGGAAGAAGCUUAUAAAGAUUUUUGUAAAGCACAAAUAUCUGAUUUUGAUGAAGAUGUUCAAACAUGGUGUAAAGAAGUUGAAGUGAAUGCCAAGAAAGUUGCUGAUCAUAAACGUAAAUAUGAACGACGUCGAGAAACCAAAGAACUCGAAGCUAAAAAAGAACGUAUUCGUAAAGCACAAGAAGCUUAUGCUAAAGCACAAGCUGAAGAAAAUGAACGACGUGCACGAGAACAACAAUCACGCUCUACUGGAGCCCAAGGAUUCCCAGGAUUUCCAGGAGGAAUGGGUGGUAUGGGAGGAAUGGGAGGUAUGGGCGGCAUGGGUGGCAUGGGAGGAAUGGGAGGAGGAGCAGCUGGCGGUAUGGGAGGAAUGGGCGGUGGCGCUGAUUUAGGUGGCUUAGGUGCUGUCAUGAAUGAUCCAGAAAUAUUGGAAGCAUUACAAGAUCCAGAUGUUCAAAAAGCUUUCUCAGAAGUCAGCACAGAUCCAUCAAAAUUAGCUGCUCAUCAAAGCAAUCCUAAAGUACGUAAAGUAAUGGAAAAACUUGCUAAGAAAUUCGGCGGUGCUGGCGGACCUAUGGGUGGUGGUUUUCCAGGCUUUCCAGGUGGAAUGGGUGGUGACUUCGGUGGCGCUGGUGGAGCAGACUCCAAUGAUCUUGACUAA